AUGACGGAUGUCGCCGAGACGACCUCUCAGCCAAAAACCAAGCGUCCUCAUGGCGUCCCCUCUAUUCCGAGCAAAAUCCUCAGGAUGAUCUUCUCUAACCUUCAGCAGUCAACCCCCCCAUCUGACCCAAACCCCAACCGGAACCUCCAACGUAUACGCAUGGUAUCCCGCCGGUUCUACAACCUCAGCUCGGACAUGCUCUUCCCAGUCAUUGACAUUGAUAUCAGCACGACGAGCCUUCGGAAAAUCGACAUAAUAUCGCGCCACGAAGCCAUGAGGCUCGGCGUGAGAGCCGUUCGCAUCCGCGUCGACCUCAUGAGUCCCAUCCUGGCCGAGUCCCGACUUUGCUUCCGGCAUUACUGCUGGGGCAUCCCGCGGCCCGACCCGCACAUUUCGUACCACGAACUCCCAGAGACUUUUGCUACCGAGGAUGACUUCCUCGCUACCUGGGCCAGGUACAACUACAAGGCUCUGUAUCACGACCAGAUGCACCUGCUACAGACCGGUGAGUUUACCCGCGUCGUUGCCCAAGCCAUGGCUCGGAUGGACAGAGCCAGGUCUCUCGAGCUGUACACCACUAAGUUCUUCACCGACUACUACGAGGAAGAGGCGGAAAUGUUCAAUGAUUUCGCGGAGAUGCAAGAUGACUACCCGGAAGUGGGCACUCUCCGGCGUUUCGAGCACGAGUGGGAAGAUCGUAGCAUGCCUCUCACAGCCAUCUAUAUUGACCUGCCGAGGGUGCUGCACGAGGCCGGUGUCCAUGUGACCAAGCUUUCGGUCGACUUUUCAUGGGGUGAGUGGAUCCUCGAGUUAAAGCGACUUUCCUCGUCACAGGCCAAGGGAAUCCAGAACGGUCUGAAAGAGUGCAAAACCCUGCGCUUCAUCAUAAGCGGCCACGCCGCGGCCGACGGACAAAACGGGGAUACCCAGAGAGUCCAAGCCUUCUACCUCAUGGAAAAGUACCUGAACGCGCCGUCGCUGGAGACUGUCGAGGUCGGCAACAACUCCGUCAUCGACUAUUUCGAUAUCAGCCAGAGAUUCCUGGCGGCUCAGUGCUGGUCCAGCGUCCGCAACCUCUACAUCCGGCAUGGAGAGUUCGGGCUGAGGGAGGUGAGGCUUCUCGUAGACAGCCUGACCAGGCCGAUCUCCUCGCUCACGCUGGACGGGACAGCUCUCCCAACCAACGAGGAGGACCAGUACUUGGACAUCCUGAGAGGCUUAGCCCAGAAAGUCAGGAUUCUCGACCCUUUGCUCCAUCCCGGCAGCGCCGCAGAGAGGGUCUUUGAUAGCUCAGGCGGCCUCAGCUUGGCUAAUCGUUAUUGUGAGGGGCUGAUCGACAAGAACCCUCUCCGAGAUAACUAG